AUGGCGCCCUUCAUCUCUGACGCUCGAUCUGCCCAAACCUCGCCGGCUGUCAACAAGAACACUAUGGUCACGCCCGAUGACAAGACUAGCGAGGAUCCUCGCGACUCGAACCUGCACCGAGCCAUUCACUCACACCCAUACGGCGGUGCUGCCAACCUUCGAGAUGUCUUUACAAACCAAGACACUGGCUUCUCGUAUGAGAAGCGAGACCAGCUCGGCCUCCGUGGCCUUCUGCCCCCUGCCAAGCAGAGCCUCAACACCCAGGUCCUGCGUGUGCUACACCAGCUUCGCAGCAAGUCGACUCCGCUCGAGAAACAUGUAAUGCUUGCCUCACUGCGUCAAACCAACACGCGUCUCUACUACGCCACCAUCCUGGCUAACAAGGAAGAGAUCCUUCCUCUCAUUUACACGCCUACCGUCGGAGAAGCUUGCCAGAAAUUCUCGCACAUCUACCGAAGACCUGAGGGUCUGUCGAUCUCGCUCGAGGACAAGGGCAAAAUCGCCAGCAUUGUCGAAAACUGGCCGGUCCCCGCUGGUUCGCCUCGAAUCGCCGUUAUCACGGACGGCUCGCGCAUUCUCGGUCUCGGCGACCUCGGAUGGAACGGCCAGGGGAUCUCGAUCGGCAAGCUCUCGCUCUACGUUGCCGGUGCCGGUAUCCACCCUCGAGCUACGCUGCCCAUUGUCGUCGAUCUGGGCACGAAUAACAAGAAAAACCUCGAGGAUCCUCUUUACCUCGGUCUGCGACGCGAGCGUGCCAGCACGGAGGAGUACAUCGAGUUUAUGGACGAGGUGAUGCACGCUCUUCACACGCGUUAUCCCAACCUGAUUAUCCAGUUUGAAGACUUUACCAGCGAGAAUGCGUUCCGCUUUCUCGAGCGAUACCAGGGCAAGUAUCCAAUGUUUAACGACGACAUUCAGGGUACGGGUAGUGUGAUCCUUGCUGGGUUCACCAACGCCGCGCGCAUCGCGUCCAAAGAGAGCGGCCGACCUUUGCACGACCACCGCAUCCUCAUGGCGGGCGCAGGCUCGGCUGCUGUCGGUGUGGGCAAGCAGCUCAUGUCGUUCUUCACGCGUCAGGGUCUGUCGGCCGACGAAGCUCGCGAACGCAUCUUCAUAACUGACUCCAAGGGCCUGGUGACCAAGGAUCGCGGAGACAAGCUCGCCGAGCACAAAGUGUUCUUCGCUCGCGACGACAACGCAGGCAAGCAGAUCAAAGACCUUGGUGAGAUCAUUGACUACGUCAAACCCACGGCGAUUCUCGGCCUUUCCACGAUCAAGGGCACGUUUGACGAGAACGUGAUUCGUAAGAUGGCGACGCUCAACAAGCGACCUAUCAUCUUUCCGCUCUCGAACCCGACCGACAACUCGGAAUGCACGUUCGAGGAAGCCGUCAAGUACACGGAGGGUCGCGUGCUCUUUGCAGCUGGCUCGCCAUUCGCCGAGAUCGACGCCGCUUCCUCGCCAACGGGCAAGCGCAUGAUUCCUGGACAGGGAAACAAUUUCCUCGUGUUCCCCGGUAUUGGCCUCUGCGCCGCACUGUGCAAAGCGGGUCGAGUGACCAACGAGAUGAUCACUGAAUCCGCUUUGGCGCUCUCGGACGCGCUCACGGACCAAGAGCGUGCCGAAGGUCGACUCUACCCGAACACAGAGAGGAUUCGAGAAAUCUCGAGGGAUAUCGCUGUCAAGUGCAUCCAGAUGGCCAACAAGCAAGGCGUCACCAGGGAUGGCGGUAAGACCGCUGCUAUGGAUGAGGAACAGUUGAGAGAUUGGGUUCAGGGUGAAAUGUGGACUCCCAAGUACGAUACUGCAGAAGACGCCUGA